AUGAGAUGUAUGAGCUCAAAGUUGAAGAAUGAUUCGCCAACUGGUACUCCAUGGUGUUACUACCCAACUGAAUCUGGAUUCACUGUACAAUCCACAGGAACCAAUUCGUUUGUUUUGGCAGCCAAAACUCCAAAUCCCUACGGCACGAACAUCUCUCCAUUGAAUGUCAAAUACUCUUCCAAUGGAGCCACUUUGCUGCUCACAAUCGGAAAUGACGACAGAUAUGUUCCACCAGUCAACAUCCCCAAGAAACCAUCAACAUCCACCGAAUCCCUGAAAUUCACAUCUGGAACUAUUGGAAGUUCUGAUAUUUUCAGCUUCAAAGUGACCAGAGCUAGUACUGGAGCAGCUCUUUGGGAUACUAGUAUUGGAGGAAUGCAGUUCGCCGACAAGUUCAUCCAAAUCGCUACCUAUCUUCCAACGAAAAAUAUUUACGGUUUCGGUGACCAUAUUCAUAAGAAAAUCAAGCACAACCUGGACCGUUACACAACUUGGCCAAUGUUCGCUCGUGACAUUGGACCAGACUCUGGCUCCGCCCUCUCCACACAAAAUCUCUACGGUGUUCACCCAUUCUAUAUGUGCAUUGAAUCUGACGGAAAAGCUCACGGAGUCUUUAUUUUGAAUUCAAAUGCUCAGGAAGUGGAAACCGGUCCGGGACCACAUCUUUUGUAUCGUACAAUUGGAGGACGAAUCGAUAUGGCAUUCUUCCCGGGACCAACGCCCGAAGAAGUGAUUAAUCAAUAUCUUCAACACAUUGGAUUCCCAUUUUUGCCUGCUUACUGGGCACUCGGUUAUCAGCUUUGCAGAUGGGGAUACGGUAGUUUGGAUGCAAUGAAAACUGUCAUUUCCCGGAAUCAAGCAGCUGGAAUUCCGUUGGAUGUACCGUAUGCAGAUAUUGACUAUAUGAAUCAUUAUGAGGAUUUCACAGAGGGAGAUAACUGGUCUGGCUUCCCAGCGUACACCCAACAAUUGCACAAUCAAGGACUUCAUUUAAUUGUCAUUUUCGAUCCAGCUGUUGAAGUGGAUUAUUCCUCCUUCCAGAGAGGAAUCAAUGCGGACGCAAUGUUCAUUGAAUGGGCGCGAGACGAUCAAGUUCCACACAACAUUCAGGAUCAAUAUCCAAUGGCCAAAAACACAAAAAUCAUGUUGGGAAAUGUUUGGCCAGAGAGAAACACAGCAUUCCCAGAUUUUUUGGAUACACAGAAUAAUACAAAUGUUUGGUGGGCUGGAGAAUUUGCGCAAUUCCAUAAAACGCUUCCCUUCGAUGGAAUGUGGAUUGAUAUGAAUGAACCAUCGAACUUCGACACUGGAACCUAUUCUUCCAUGGAAGAACGAUUAGCAAAUGCCAAAUUAUCGUGUCCAAUCUCCGGACCCGACUCAUCUCUAGAUGUUCCACCGUACCCCACUCAAGCAGUUUACCAAAGAAGUGGAGAAUAUCUCUUCUCAAAGACUCUUUGUAUGCUUGGAAAGACCGCCCGUCGUUCGAGAAACUUCUACGACACCAAGAAUUUAUACGGAUGGAGUGAAGCACGUGCCACGUAUCAAGCCAUCCCUCAAGUCACCGGAAAACGAUCAGCUGUUAUUUCAAGAAGCACAUUCCCAUCGUCUGGAAGAUAUGGAGGACAUUGGUUGGGAGAUAAUACAGCAAGAUGGGAAGAUUUACAGACGAGUGUCAUUGGUGUUAUGGAAUUUAAUAUGUUUGGAAUUCCGUACGUUGGAUCGGAUAUUUGUGGAUUUAAUGGGAAAUCCAAUGAGGAGUUGUGUUUGAGAUGGCAUCAGUUUGGAGCAUUCUCUCCUUUCUCUAGAGACCACAAUUCUGAAGGAAUGCCCGACCAGGAUCCAGCUGUCUGGCCAUCCGUAGCAAAUGCAGCAAGAAUUGCGUUGGGAUUCAGAUAUUAUUAUCUUCCCUAUUUGUACAGUCUUCACUACAAUGCCGCUCGUUACGGACAUACCGUAAUCCGCCCAUUAUUCUUCGAAUAUCCGAAAGAUGAGGAAACUCUUGAGAUCAGUGAGCAGUUCUUGUGGGGAUCCGCAUUAAUGAUUGCUCCGGCUCUGUAUCAGGGCCAAACCACCGUGCACGCCUACUUCCCAUCCGAUACCUGGUACUCACUUCAACCAGAGACCUACGGACAGAAAAUGUUCUCCGGAUUCAACGACGUCAAUGCUCCAUUAUCUUCUCUGACUCCUGUAUUCGUCAGAGGUGGAUUCAUUUUGCCACGCCAAGCAGCCAAUACAACCACAACGGCUUCUAGAUUGAAUCCAUUUGAAGUGCUGAUUACGGUCAAGACUAAUGCCGCUUCUUCGGGGGAACUAUACUACGACAAUGGAGAUGACAUCAUUCCCAAUGACAAUAUUGAGCAACAUCCAAGAGUCCACUGGCAAUUCUCAUUCACCUCAUCGAUCGUUGGUGGUGUUUUCACUGGGAACUGCGAGACUUGUUCUACGGCUGUAAAACCGCCAACUUUGGAUACAAUUGAAAUUCUCGGAUAUCCAUCUGCUCCAAACUUUUCUGGAUUCAAAUUGGAUGGAUCUAGUGUGACACUGGAUAUGUCAAAGACUUCAUAUGAUGCUUCUACUCAGAGAGUCAUGAUUUCUUCAAAGAAUUUGAUCAGUUUAAUGGCUUUGAAGAAGAAAUUCACACUCAGUUUCUCGAAUAAUUGA